CCCGAGGAGGAUGAGCUGGCUCUUUCCCCUGACCAAGAGCGCGUCAUCCUCCGCGGCCGGGUCCCCUGCCGGCCUCACCAGUCUUCAGCAGCAGAAGCAGCGGCUGAUCGAGUCACUCCGGAACUCCCAUUCCAGUAUAGCUGAAAUACAAAAGGAUGUGGAAUACAGAUUGCCAUUCACAGUAAACAACCUGACAAUUAACAUUAACAUAUUACUUCCUCCACAGUUUCCUCAGGAAAAACCAGUGAUUAGUGUUUAUCCACCAAUAAGACAUCACUUAAUGGAUAGUCAAGGAUUAUAUGUUACCUCUCCAUUAGUAAGCAAUUUUACAAUGCACUCAGAUCUUGGAAAAAUUAUUCAAAGUCUUUUGGAUGAGUUCUGGAAGAAUCCUCCAGUUUUAGCUCCUACUUCAACAACAUUUCCAUACCUGUAUAGUAAUCCAGGUGGGAUGCCUCCUUACCCUUCUCAGGGGUUUCCAUUUCUUCCUUCCUACCCUCCACAAGAAGCUGCUAGCAGGAGCAUCACUUCUUUGUCUGUAGCUGACACUGUUUCUUCUUCAACCACAAGUUACACUGCAGCCAAGCCUGUGGCGCCUUCAUUUGGCAUCCUUUCAAGUCUGCCAUUACCAGUUCCCACAACAGAAUCUUCAGCAUCGAUUAACCAAAAUGGUUUUGGUUAUAAGAUGCCGGAUAUUCCUGAUGCAUUUCCAGAACUUUCAGAACUAAGUGUGUCACAGCUCACAGACAUGAAUGAACAGGAGGAGGUAUUACUAGAACAGUUCCUGAUGUUGCCUCAACUAAAGCAAAUUAUUACCGACAAGGAAGACCUAGUAAAAAGUAUCGAGGAAUUAGCAAGAAAAAAUCUCCUUUUGGAGCAUAGCCUGGAAACCAAAAGGCAGGCCGUCUUAGAUAAGUAUGAAUUACUUAUACAAAUGAAAUCUACCUUUGAAAAGAAGAUGCAAAGGCAGCAUGAACUCAGCGAGAGUUGUAGUGCAAGUGCCCUACAGGCAAGAUUGAAAGUAGCCGCACAUGAGGCUGAGGAGGAGUCUGAUAAUAUUGCCGAAGAUUUCCUGGAGGGAAAAACUGAAAUAGAUGAUUUUCUCAAUAGCUUCAAGGAAAAGAGAACAAUUUGCCACUGUAGAAGAGCUAAAGAAGAGAAGCUUCACCAGGUGAUAGCCAUGCACAGCCAGUUCCAUGCUCCUCUCUAGCUCUAAUUUCAUGGUUCUGGAUGGAACUUGCCAUUUCUCAACAUUUUUAUUACGAAUUGCACUUUCCCCUUAAUUUGAAAGUGUUUGUCUUUUACUUUGGAACUCCAAAGGGAAACUUCAGGCAGUGAGAAACACAGCUUCAUCAGAGUCCCGGUCCUUGCCGCUGUCUUCACUGGGUGCAUGCUCACCACCACUGGGAGACCGACAGCUCAAAUCCUCCACCCCAGACUCUUGAUCACUAUUCACUGAAAGAUCGGGGUCUGAGCUUUUUAAAUUGUCUUGGGUUAGAAUCAGAGCAGAAUCUUCAUCACCCUGGGAGGGGCUCCUGGAUGGGAAGGACUUCAUGUUCCCACUGUAAUCCUGAGGAGUGUUGGCUGUGCUGUUGUCUGAGGUAGAAAACCCCGAGUGUUUGCUGGGUUCACUUUGCUUACUCUUCACUUUGGCGCCAUUUAAAUGGACUUUCUGAAUUUUUUCCAGCCUCUAAAAAAUAAAUAACAACUUUAAGAAAACUCA